CAGUAGUAUUAUUAGUAGUGCAUUCUUCUUCUGUAGCUGUCUUUUGUUAUUAUCUUUUGUUUUUUUGUGACAGAAUGUUAGUGAGGCUUCUUCCAAUCACUUCCUUUUCUGUGCUCCAAAAACACCAUCUUCAAUCAACUCACCUAUGGCUUCUUCCUUAUCAGAAUUGCUCGCCGAUGAGGGAUUCCAACGAGGAAGUAGAAGACGACUCGAACCCAGACACAACAGAGACAGAAUUGCACCACCUGAGAAUGAACCCAAUGCACCUCUUCCUUUGUACAUCUGCCAGGGUGGUGGUGACCAUGAUCGAAUGAUAAGAAGAAGAAGGAGUAGCAGUUAUAAUCAUAGCACUUCGUCGAAGAAAAAUGGUGAGAAAUCUCUUGUGGGAAGUGGGUCUUCGGUGUUUUCGUCGAAAAGGGUCGGUUCGGUCUCGGAGAGAUCGAAUUCCAAGACCUCUGUUUCAGAGUGUUCAAGACGAGAAGAAGAGCCUUUAGUUGACGAUGUUGCUGCUCGAGCUGUGGUUUCCAUACUUAGCGGCUAUGUGGGAAGGUACAUUAAGGACGUGACUUUCCGGGAAAAUGUUCGGGAGAAGUGUACUUCUUGUUUGGUCAGGAGGAAAAUGGAUUUGGAUGAUGGGAUUUUCGCAAACUUGAAACUGGGUUUUGAGAGUGUAGAUAAGUUGAUGGAAGACAAAGGGAAUAGGAAAGAAAUAAGGAUGAAGACUGUACGGAAUGCGGUUCAGCUUUUUAGCACUGUUGCUGCUCUAAACACAAAGAAAACGAAGAAUGGUUUGAGUUGUGGAAUACCCAAUUCACAUCUCUCUUCUUGUGCUCAAUUCUACUUGGCCAUUGUUUAUAAGAUUGAGAAACAUGAUCGAACAUCUGCUAGGCAUUUGCUUCGAGCUUUCUGUGAUUCACCAUUUUUGGCCAGAACCCAUUUGGCUCCUGAUCUUUGGGAACAUUUCUUUCUCCCACAUCUUCUUCAUCUCAAGGUUUGGUAUACCAAAGAGCUUGAUUAUUUAAGAGAUUUUGACUAUGGAAAUAAGGAGAAGAAAAUGAAAGCUUUGAGUGAGGUUUAUAACGACCAUAUGGAUAAGGGAACAGUUGAGUUUGCUUUUUACUACAAAAAGUGGCUUAAAGUUGGGCUUAAAUCCCCUGCUGUUCCCCAAGUCCCUUUGCCUGAAAGGCCUUAUAACAAAUCAUCCAGAAGAUCAAUGGAUUCCUCUAGUACACAAUCCUCAAUUAACAACUUAUAUCGUGCUGUAUUUGGAUCGAUAGCUGAGGGUCAAUCUUCGAACGAUGAUAAUCGAAAUGGAGACUUGAAGGGUUUGUGGGGUUUAGUGGAAGAGGAAAACCAGUGUGCAGAUAAGGAUAACUACAACAAUAUUGGCAGUUUUCUUCACGGAAACCACUCGAGUCGAAGAUCUUCAUGCCAACUUGAAAGAAAUCAGAAAUCUGAAACAUGGAGAGAUACUCAAAAACCAGACAAGUUUAGAUUAAUUACUUGCCAGAACACAGUGGCAGUACAAAUAGAAUGCUUGCUAAAUGGGAAUUCUUUAUCAAAGAAUAGCUCUGUCCGGAAAAAGGAGGAAAAUACUUAUCUUCCAACCAAUUUAAGCAGAGCCAUUGCCUCCAUUUGCUCUUCUAAAAGUCUAAGAGAGUGUGAAGUUGCAAUCCGUGUCAUUACCAAAGCUUGGUUGGAUUCAAAUCUUGAUCCUGUCAUUGAAGCAGCAUUGUCCAAAUUACCUGCUAUUGAGGGAAUGCUUGAGGUGUUGUUCGCUUCUGAUGAUGAUGAAGUUUUAGAACUAGUGAUAUCAAUUUUAGCAGAACUUGUAGUGAAGAACGAGAUGAAUAGAUUAAUUGUACUGAAUUCUGAUGCACAGCUUGAAAUCUUCAUGAGACAUCUAAGAAGUAACAGCCUGUUUCUAAAAGCAGCUGUUCUUCUUUACCUGUCGAAGCCAAAGGCAAAGCAGAUGAUAUCAGUAGAGUGGGCUCCAUUAGUCCUUCGAGUUAUAGAGUUUGGAGACCAGAUGCAGACUCUUUUCACAAUACAAUGCCGUCCUAUAGUGGCGGCAUUUUACCUUCUAGACCAACUUCUUACAGGUUUUGAUGAAGACAGAAACUUAGAUAACGCGAGACAAGUUGUUUCUUUAGGCGGAUUAAGCUUGUUGGCAUCAAAAAUUGAAAGAGGGGAUGCUGUUGAGAGGACCAAUGCUGCUGUGUUCUUAUUGUGUUGUAUUCGAGCUGAUGGAAGCUGUCGAAACUACUUAGCUGACAGUUUGAACAUUGAUUACGUUCUGGAACUCAUUGUACUCGAAUGUCACAAGAAUCCAAGUGGAUCAGCAUUUUCUUUGUUGAUGGAAUUACUCUGCCUUAGUAGAAGAACACAAAUACAUACAAUCUUGGACAGACUGAAAGACGGUUGGGGAGGCUUGAACACUAUGCACAUAUUUUUUGUUCAUCUCCAAAAGGUUCCACUUGAAGAACGCCCGCUUGUUGCAGUGAUAUUAUUACAGCUUGAUAUCCUGGGGGGUCUUUCAAAGUGCAGCAUCUACAGAGAAGAAGCAGUUGAAGCAAUUAUAGCAGCUUUGGAUUGUCAAGCAUGUCAUGAAAAGGUUCAAGAGCAAUCAGCUAAAGCUCUUCUAAUGCUAGGUGGUAGGUUCUCUUACACCGGGGAGGCUUCAAUUGAAAGUUGGCUCUUAGAACAAGCAGGUUUUCAUGAGUGUUCAACUUCAGGGAACUCUUAUCAGAGACCGGAAAAUAGAGAAAAGGAAGAUGCAGCGGAAAAGUGGCAAAGGAAAGCAGCUUCUGUCUUUUUCAAGAGUGGCAACAAGAGAUUACUGGCUGCCCUUUCGGAUUGUAUAAUGAAUGGAAUCCCUUGUUUAGCUAGAGCUAGCCUUAUUACGGUUUCAUGGAUGUGCAUCCUUCAUUUGAUCAAAGAUGAAAAUAUGCAGACAAUGGCAUGGUCAGUUCUUGUGCCACAGUUGGUAGCAUCCUUGGAUUUUGACAAAGAUGUAGAGGAAAGAGUGCUUGCAUCGUUUUCGUUACUAAAUCUUACCAAGAGUUCAGAAGAAUGUAAAUCAAUGCUCUUAUCAACGGAGAAAGGUCAGUUGGUCAGCCAUCUAAAACACCUUCGUUUAGUAACAUGGACAGCCGAGGAGCUUCUUAUGAUCAUCUCAAGCUGAUUAUACUCAAUAUAGUGCCUAGAUUGGGAUAUUUUAUUAUCCCCGGGAAUUUGAAGAUUACCUUUUUAUAUCGUUGUGUAGAAUGUGUUUUAUUCUUUGACUUUACCCAAUAAGAGUUUGAAAUCUCAAUGUAUCAUGUUUAUGUUGAGUAAUAUAAAUCUACAAUUAUAUUA